AUGAAAGCAGUGUGGGCAGCAUACACAAACGAGGAAGAUACGCGCCAACUAAGGACCAAGAUUUCCGUGCUCAUCUGUUUGACUCGACUUCUUUCAGCGCUCUCUUACGAGGCGGAGACGUGGGCAGACACCGCUGCCAUGUCUAUGAAGGUGUUCACCACCCGCAGAGCCCUUGAGAGAUGUAUUUUGAAGUUUAACCGUCGCACACAACAUCUACCUGGUCCUCGCAGCUCCGACUUACGAGCAAUGUCCCGUCUUCGCGAUCCAACGGAACAUAUAUCGAAAGCAAAGCAUAAAUGA